GAUACCCAAAAUGUCGCCUUCUGCUGAUACUCCAGAAAUCUCAAACUCAGCCGACUCCACGGUUCUGAGCUUGAAGAAGUCCCUCUGCUCCGAGGAUUCACCUCUACCUAUUCGUUUCCGUGCUCUCUUUUCUUUGAAGCACGUUGCGACCACUGCCGAUGACGAUGCUACAAGGGUCGCUGCCAUUGAGGCCAUUGCCGCCGGUUUCGCCUCGCCCUCGGCUUUGUUGAAGCACGAACUCGCAUACUGUCUGGGACAAACAGGCAACACUGCCGCCGUUAAGCCUCUGCGACAGGUUCUCUCUGAUCUUAAGGAGGACCCCAUGUGCCGUCACGAAGCCGCUGAGGCCCUUGGUGCCCUGGGCUGGGCAGACAACCUGGACAUCCUCCGCGAAUACCGUGAUCGCAAGGAGGAGGAUAUUAGCAUUGUUGAGACAUGCGAGAUUGCCAUUGAGCGUAUCGAGUGGGAGAACUCGGCGGAGCGACAAAAAGAGAAGCUGCGCCCUAGUGACUUUGCCUCUAUCGAUCCCGCGCCCCCAAUGCCCGAAUCCGACAAGGAGGCCGAGGUUGAAGACCUUGGCCGAAAGCUCAUGGACACAAACGCGGAUCUCUUCUCCCGUUACCGCGCCAUGUUCGCCCUCCGAGAUCUCGCCUCUCCCCCUGACUUGCCAACUGCUACUCCUGCCGUCCUCGCCCUCGCAAAGGGACUGUCCGAUUCAUCCGCCCUGUUCCGUCACGAGAUUGCUUUUGUUUUCGGCCAGCUAUCGCAUCCUGCGUCCAUUCCCGCCCUUACUGAGGCAUUGAGCAACACCAACGAGGCCAGCAUGGUUCGUCACGAGGCGGCCGAGGCACUUGGAAGCUUGGGCGAAAAGGAUGGCGUUGAAGAUACCCUAAGGAAGUUCCUGCACGACAAGGAAAAGGUUGUUCGAGAGAGUUGUAUUGUUGCGCUGGAUAUUGCCGAAUACGAGAAGGGUGAGGACGCUGAGUAUGCUUUGAUUCCCGAGUCCGCAGGAGCUGCUGCAUGAUUUAUGAAUGCGUUCGCAUCGUCGAGUAUUACGUCUAGUUGUUUUCAUUCCAUCUAAAAGUAAAAUGUUAGGAGUAUAUCGAUAGAAGGAUCCCGGGUUUCAUACGAGUUACCGCAUUCGCAGCUGUAGA